CGCUUGCAGCGGCCUCCAUUUUGUCGGGAAAGGCAGUAGGAGGUUGGUCUAAGACGGAGUUGUGAUCCGUGACUCGCUCGUGGGCUGUUAGAUCCGUGCAUCGUUUCUCCCUGGAGAGGGAAGGAGGCUUGGAGGUCGAGAGGGAGCCGCCGCCGCCGCUCGAAGUCGCUAGGACUUCUCUCAAACUUGUGUGCUGAGGAGACUCGAUGAGGGCCUCAGCUCCCAGGCUGAAAUCAGCAGAUUGGCUCAUGAAAACUUGUGUAUUGAGACAAAGGAAAGGAUCUAGCAGAAAGCAACGUCUCUUAUCCUGCGCUUGGCAGCAAGGAAGAGGACAAGUAGUGGAAAUCCUGCAAUCUGAAAAGCAGACUGAAAGGUGACAAAGAAGCUGAAGAUGGGUGGCGGAGAGAGAUAUAACAUUCCAGACCCUCAAUCUAGAAAUGCUAGUAAGAACCAACAACAGCAGAACAGACAGAAGAGCAAGGAUCAGAAUUCUUCGCAGAUGAAGAUUGCUCAUAAGAAAAAGGAAAGAGGACAUGGGUGCAAUCCAGCAGCAGCAUGGCAGGCCAUGCAGAAUGGGGGAAAACCCAAGAGCCUUUCUAACAACGCCAACUGGAAUGCUAGUUUAUCAAGUCCUAGCUUGCUUUUUAAGUCUCAAGCUAGUCAGAACUAUGCUGGAGCCAAAUUUAGUGAACCGCCAUCACCAAGUGUUCUCCCGAAGCCACCAAGCCACUGGGUUCAUGUUUCCUUGAACCCUUCAGAUAAGGAAACGAUGACAUUUCAACUUAAAACCUUACUUAAAGUACAGGUAUAAAAUUAGAUUAAGUAUUAACUUUAAAUUUUGUGAUGUUUACACAUGACAUUUUGUUGAAAACUGGUAAUUUGCAAGUAGCAGACAUUUGAUUUAUGUGCUGUAAACACUGUACAGUGUCAUUACAAUUUAAACAAUUUAAGUGACUAAUCAAUUCUACUUGGUAGUGUUGCUAACUAAAUUCAAGUUUAGAUCUGGGGAAUAGUAACCUUAACUUUUUUUGUUUGAUGGGAAAAAUUAAAUUUAUAGGUUAACACACAAUUUCUGAAAUCAGUAAGCAUUUAGCAUAUACAAGAUUGCACAGUUCAGUUUCAUGGUCUUGGGCAUUUUUCAAGAAAUAGUGGCACAGUACAUUGCCCAGUGGUCAUUUCUUAAAAAUGCAGUGGAUAGGUACCCAAAGAUGUACCAAAUCUAUUCCAAGACAGUGCUGAAUAGCAUCCCACAAAACUGCUAAAGUGGUCUGGUCUCACCUAUAUACAAAGCUUGCUUUAAGUAGGGAGUUGUGUUUGUGACAUUUAAAGCCAUGUAUAUAUACAUGUAAUAAGCUUGUAAAAUAUGUAAUGUUUUCUUAGCCUUUAUUCUACAAAAAUAAGACUAUUUUUAGUGUGAAUUUGACGAAUGUAAGACCAUGAGCUUUUUUUUUUUU